UGGUAUGGGGAGUCUUUGAAGUUUCAAGAUGAGCAGAUUUCAGUGAUGCGAAAGCGGAAUAACUCGCCCACUCAAGAUAAUGACAGCUCUGUUACCAAAACAUUGCCGGACAGCAGUCUGAAAUACUGUAACAAGAUAGGAGAGGGGAACACGGACUCUGGAGCCCAGUACAAUUCUGCAGACCCGGACAAGACGAUGGGGAGAGCAUUCAGAAGGGCCUUGGCAGUAUGCGUGGGCCCAGGCCUCAUCACCUUCUGCUGCCUCCCACAGGGGAGGGGCCUUCUGUGGAGACUCAGGAGGAUGUUGAUGUGGUUGCUGGGCUUCUACCUGGCCAUCCCGGUCAUCAUCAAGCUCUGCCCCUCCAUUCAAGCCAAACUAGUCUUUUUAAAUUUUGUGCGGAUGCCCUACUUCAUCGACCUGAAGCGGCCCCAUGACCAGGGCCUCAACCACACGCACAACUUCUACCUGCAGCCGGAGGAGGGCAUCAACAUCGGCGUGUGGCACACGGUCCCCACGCACAUGUGGAAGGAAGCUCAGGGAAAGGACCGCGAGUGGUAUGAGGGCACGCUUCAGUCCUUCCAUCCAGUCAUGCUCUAUCUCCACGGAAACGCUGGUACCAGGGGAGGAGACCACAGGGUGCAGCUCUAUAAGGUUCUCAGUUCAUUGGGCUACCAUGUAGUCACAUUUGAUUAUAGGGGUUGGGGCGAUUCUGAAGGCAGUCCCUCUGAGAAGGGCAUGACCUCAGAUGCCCACUUCAUCUACCAGUGGGUGAAGCAGAGGAUCGGCAGGAAGCCGCUCUACAUCUGGGGCCACUCGCUGGGCACUGGCGUGGCCACAAACCUUGUCCGACAUCUGUGUGAGCGAGGAACUCCACCGGAUUCUUUGAUACUGGAGUCUCCGUUCACCAAUAUUCGAGAGGAAGCCAAAAGCCAUCCUUUCUCAAUGGUCUACAGAUACCUACCUGGAUUUGAUUGGUUCUUUUUGGAUUCCAUAACAGCAAAUGACAUUCGAUUUGCCAGCGAUGAGAACGUGAACCACAUAUCGUGCCCUGUUCUCAUCCUGCAUGCAGAGGACGACACAGUUGUACCCUUCCACCUUGGAAAGAAGCUGUACAACAUCGCUGCCCAGUCCAAGAGUCUGAGUGGACACAAGGUCCAGUUCAUCCCUUUCCCCGUCAGCCUGGGCUACCGACACAAAUUCAUCUACAGGAGUCCCGAGCUGCCACAUAUACUCAGUGACUUUCUUGGCACAACACAUCCCCACGUGUAGCUGAGAAGUGUGGUUGACACACACACACAUACACACAUACAUACAUACAUACAUGCAUGCAUGCAUACAUGCAUACAUGCAUACAUACCUUUUACUCAUAAGAACAUAAACACACUCGUAAAUUUGUGUAGUGGAUACAUCUCAAACACACGCAUUGCAUACACGAAACAGAUCUAGUACUGUACACAGAAGCAUGGACUGAAAGAAGACUCGCACCAUCCCAGUCCUUUUCCCCUUAAGCUACUGACAUGCCUGCAGGAUGACAGAGAGAUAAAGAGAUGGAGGAAGAGAAAGAAAGAAGGAAAGGAGGAAGGGAUGACUAAUGAACAAACGCAAUGCAAAGCAACUUUGAAAAUCUGCAUGGCCCUGUGUUCACCGGUUACCAAGUCACUGAAUGCAGCUGAGCUCGGGCACAAGGCUACGAAACACGCAUCAACUUAACGAGACCUCGUCACGAACGAGUGGCAUCAGCCAACACUGGAGAAGGAAACAGAUCAGGCGUCACCACUGAAGUUGUUUUUAACUGCACAAUGUAAGGAAAGAGAGAAAAAAAGGGUUAUGAGAGAGAGAAAGAAGAUGAGGUGAAUUGUGAAUAUGGUCUCAGGAGAUGUCUACAGUACUACCCGGGACUCUCUCUGCCAUCUCAGAGAUGUAGAAGAGUGGGAGGUUACAAAAAAAGAUGAGGGCCAGUAGUGUGUUUUUAUUUUUCAGAUUAGCUUUGUUCUAUUUAUUCACCCUCACAUCUUCUUGGACAUAUUGCAACUGAAACAGAUCUCUAAAAUGACCGCUCGCACCAAUCAAAUUCUUCUAACCUCUUGCUAUAAUGUGAACUCCAAAUGUUAUUUUGUCCUGAAGCGCCUAGUGGAAGACCAAGGACACCACGAAACUUUAUAUUUGUGAAGUAUGUCAUAUACUUAAACUUGUACAAUGUAUGGAAAUGUCAUUUUAUCUUUUUUCCUUUUUGCUUCUGAUGUUUAAAUUUCUUUGCACUUCCCUCUGCCCCCUGUGUAUGCGCAUGCGUGCGCACACACACACACACACACGAACGAACAAACGCACACGCGCACCACACACUUGUUUGGUCACAGUUAGUCUCAUAAGAUACUCUGAGACUUUUAAUGAAUAAUGUUACAGCUCAACAGAAGAUGGUGGUUGCCUUCAACUAGUGUUACCAAUAAAGACAAUGACACUGUCUCCAUGAUGAGCGCUAUGGCUUCUAUGCAGCACAUUCUUAUGCAACAGUGACUCCAGAGGUCUUGUCUGUCCUACUUCCUACCAUUUGUUUUGGUUAGACGGCCUUCUGACCAUGUUCAUUCAGCGGCAGCCCUACCGUAUCUGGGAAGAGUGGCAUGGGCAUUUGUCUGGCGCUAUGGGUGACCGUCCGGAGCCUGUUAAGGUUCAUUAUAACUAGGCAUGGUUGCCAGUCGCUGGAACCUGAUCUAGCAGAGAUUACUGUCAGGGUGGGGCUGG